AUGGAAAUCUGUUCAUCACUUUUUUUCGAAACCCUUGCGAUACUGGCUUUUGGAGGAACAUUCCAACGAAGGCGGAAAUUUGGACGAGACGUACUGCUAGGACAUUGCUGCAUGCUGAUGUUGUUAGUAUUCUGCUGGCAGCAGUCACCCGCACAGGGUGCAUCUUGGAGAAAUUCGGCGAAACUGUACAAAUCCGAUGACGAUUACUACGAAACGGAUGAUAGCUACGAGACGGACGAAGAUGACAAACAUCACGUAACAGGUGGGAUAAAUCUCGGUGCAUCUACUCUACAUGCCGAUAAAGAUUCCGUGGAAAUUGAAUACGAAGAGCUCGAUCACCACCAUCACAAUCUACCCAACGGCGUGGCUGCGUCUGAAGAAUCCAGCGAAGAUCAACCCGAUUCCUUCAACAACUCCGAGCUACUGGCGCAGCUAGGUCUCCAACAUAAAACUCCACGGGCGAAGAAAAAGGGGAGAAAAUCUAGACCCCCACCGGUCACGAUCGCUGUUCCGUAUCCCGUACACAUCGAGCGCAAGGUUCCCGUGUUCAUCGAGAAGAAGGUCCCGGUGAUCGUGGAGAAGAAGGUUGAAGUACCGGUCGAUCGACCCUACGAAGUGCCUGUUCCAGUGCAAGUGCCCGUCCUCGAAAAGGAAGUGGUACACGUUCCCAAACCGAUCGUCUUCAACGUCGAUCGACCUUACCCGGUGUAUGUGCAUCGGACUGUGUUCGUGGAGAAGUACCGACCAUUCAAAGUGUUGAUCAAAUCGAGAACUCGCUACUAA